CCUCGUUACCCAGAAGUUCUUAUUCCCCAGCCGAAAACACGGUGCUAAUUAUUAAUUUCUUAUCACUACAAAUUAUUGUUCAUCGGAUUCAGUUUUUUUUCUAUUUAAUUUUUGUAAAUUAAAGGCGAUCUCUCGCAGUUGGUGAACUGUAACGAAUUUUCAGUUUUGUUGAUGGAACUUGUUUGUGCAGUUUGCUGAUCGUGAUUAAUUGGUGAAACCGGGUUAGAUCGCCGGCUUAAUUUUGUGGUUCUGGUGUUUCUAAUCCUGGAAGAGUUUGAUUUCCGUCGAAUUUCAGCGUAGUGGGGCUGGAAACGGAGAGUUGAUGGGGAAAAAGCGAUCCAUAAAACAUGUUAACUAUGAAGAGAACCUCUCAGUUCCGCCUGGAUUUGCGUCACUCACGGCACUGACAUUGAAGAGGAUGGUGGCUGUUCGGGAGUUUAAACCAGGGCUUAUAGGCGCUCCUCUUAGCGACUCGGACAUUCACAAGUUUAAAACCUCAUUUGUGCGAAAACCGUGGAUAUGUCACGACCAGUUUGAUAAUGUUCCACCGAAGUGUGACUCUGAACAGUCCAACGUUGACAUGAAAGAUCCACUUACUUCUUCCCUUCCCAAAGGAGUGAUCCGGGGAUGUGCAAAUUGUCACGACUGUGUGAAGGUCACUGCCAGGUGGCAUCCCGAAGAGUCACACUUGCCUGUGCUUGAUGACGCACCAGUAUUUCGACCAACCGAAGAGGAGUUCAAGGACGCUCUCAAAUACAUAGCCAACAUACGCCCAAGAGCGGAGAAUUACGGAAUAUGCCGCAUUGUUCCACCUUCUUCGUGGGAGCCUCCAUGCCGCCUUCUUGAAGAUAAAUCGACAUGGGAAGCUUCAAAAUUCAGCACUUGUGUUCAAAAAAUAGAUGGGCUGCAAAGUCUGUAUCUGAAGAGAAAACAAUCUAGGUUACACGAGAAGAGGGAAACUAAAAUGCAAAUAGUUGCAGCAUGUGAAAUUGAGUCAGCUGUUGAACGUGUGGCAGACUCUGAGGAAGCCAAAUCGAUUGGUUUGACCUCUGAAUUUGAAUAUGGGCCCGAGUUCACCCUGAAAAGCUUCAAAAAGUAUGCUGACGAUUUCAAGAUGCAGUACUUUCGCGAAGACGGCGAGUUAAAUGAUGCCGAUCAAGAUCAAGGGGAACCGCUGAUUGCAAGAAUUGAAGGUGAGUACUGGCGAAUAAUCGAGAACCCAAGUGAAGAAAUAGAGGUGCUCUAUGGUACUAAUUUGGGAAGUGGAACCUUGAAAAGUGGUUUUCCCGUCACUGCAAAAAAUAUAGCUAUAUAUGAUAAAUAUGUUGAUUCUGGUUGGAACUUGAAUAAUAUUCCCAAAGUCUUUGGUUCUCUUCUUCCGUUUGGAUGCUACAACAUUUCUGACAUUUCAGUUCCUCAAUUGUUCGUUGGGAUGUGCUUUGCAUCUCAAUGCUGGAGAGAUGAAGAUCACCACUUAUAUUCACUAUCUUACUUGCACUUAGGCAACCCUAAAGUAUGGUACGGUGUCCCAGGAAGGUAUUACUUCAAGUUUGUGGAGGUUGUGAAAAAGCUUUUUCCGCAGCUAUUGAAGAAUCCCAAGUUGCUUCCUGAGCUUGUCAGACAAUUCUCGCCCUCUAUGCUAAAGUCCGAGGGUAUACCCGUGUAUCGAUGUGUGCAGAAUCCGUUAGAGUUUGUUGUCAUCUUCCCUGAGGCUUACCAUUCAGAAUUUAGUUGUGGCUUUAAUUGUUCGGAAUCAGUGCGUUUUGCUCCCUUUGACUGGUUACCUCAUGGACAGAACAUAGUAGAACUGUAUGCUGGAUACUGUUUAAAGACUUCCAUCUCCCACGACAAGCUGCUGCUUGGAGCAGCCACAGAAGCCGUGAGCGCGCAAUGGAAAUUUUUAGCGACAAAAAAAGAUUCCUCAAACUAUCAACUAUGGAGAAGCGUGUUAGGCAAAAAUGGGAUCUUAACAAGGGUUUUUAAGUCACGUGUGGAAAAUGAAGGCAUAAAGAGGAAACACCUCUGCAGUGUGCCCUCAUCGAAUAAUACAUCCAUGGAUGUAUUCGAUUUUGAUUCGAAAAGGGAAUGCAGCAUAUGCUUGUACGAUCUACACCUUUCUGCGGUGGGAUGUUCGUGUUCCCCAAAUAGAUAUACUUGCCUGCGCCACGCAAAGCAGCUCUGUUCUUGUGCUUGGUUUGCCAAAUCUUUUUUCUUCAGGCACGAACUCACCGAGUUAAAUCUCCUGGUCGAGGCUCUUGAAGGGAGUCUAGAAGCAAUUCAUAGCUGGGCGAAGAGGAAGAAGCUUCAACCAGAUUUCAUCAUCGGUUCAAGAAUCUCUAGUGAUUCUCCGUACAAACUAAAUGCGACACCUUCGAACAAAAGCCUUACACCAAUUCCAGUUCAAGACGUUGUCAUUCUACUUAGCGAUGACGAGGAGGUACAAUCUUGAGUCUGUAAUUACAUUUGUACCCUUGAUUUAAUUCGUUUGUUUGCGAAAGAAUUCGAGCGAAUUCGGAUAACGAGAACUAAUAAACGAUUGGCGAAUAAACAAUACUCUUUGUUUUUGUUUUU